UUUUUUUUUGUUCGUGUUAUUCCCUUUUUCGAGUUCAUCUCCCCUUCUCAGCCCUUCUUGUCAUAGCAAACAGCAAGCAGACAGCUGUUGCAAAACUGUUUACAACAGCCAUCUAAAACUUCUCAACAUCAGCAACGCAGCACACAUUUUACUUUUAUAAUGGCUGCCGCUGCUACUCAACAACAGCAAUUGCUGGAGACCCAGCACGAGGAUAUGAUUCAUGACGCUCAAUAUGAUUACUAUGGCAAGCGCCUUGCUACUUGCUCCUCAGACAGAACCAUCAAAAUCUUUGAAGUAGAUGGCGAGAAUCAUCGUUUGUCUAGCACUCUUCGAGGACAUGAAGGCCCCGUGUGGCAGAUUUCUUGGGCGCAUCCCAAGUUUGGCUGCAUUUUGGCCUCGUGUUCAUAUGAUGGCAAGGUCUUUGUGUGGCGAGAACAGAAUGGGCAAUGGGCACGUAUCAAGGAGCAUGUCUCUCAUACUGCCUCUGUGAACUCCGUUGCAUGGGCUCCUCACGAACUUGGACCAAUCUUGGCCUGUGCUUCCUCAGAUGGUCGUGUCUCUGUUCUUUCAUUCAAUGACGAUGGAACCUGGGAUACUGCUGUUCUGGAUGCACAUUCAAUUGGAUGCAAUGCUGUGGCAUGGGCGCCUGCAACAGUCCCUGGAGCAUUACUUCAGCAAGGAUCCAACACUGGCAAGGUGCCAUUCUCAAAACGAUUCAGCACAGCUGGUUGUGAUAACUUUGUGAAGAUCUGGACAUUUAGAGAGGAUUUGAACUCAUGGAAGGAAGAGGAGACACUUGAAGGACAUACAGACUGGGUCCGUGAUGUGGCCUGGGCACCCAACAUUGGAGUCCCCAAGAGUUAUUUGGCCAGUUGUUCACAAGACAAGACGGUGUUGAUUUGGACACAGGAUGCACCAACAUCGCCUUGGCAGAAAAAGCCAUUGAGGAAUGAAAAGUUUGCGGAUGUAGUCUGGAGAGUGAGCUGGUCAUUGAGUGGCAAUAUCCUUGCGGUUUCCUGUGGAGAUAAUAAGGUGACGCUUUGGAAGGAAAACCUUAGUGGAGAAUGGGAGUGUGUCAGCGAGAUGGUAGAGAAUGCUCCAGGACAUGGACACUAAAGAGAAAUCUCCAAAGCGGGAUAGCUGUCUUUUUCAAAUGACUGUACCCGUAAUUGGAAAGCAAAGGGGGAGCAAUGGAUGUCAGAUUGGGAGCUGGACAAGAAUAGACGGGCACAACCAAAGCCAUGUCGUCUCUAGCAAUCGAGAUAUCUUGGAUUCAAUUAAAGUAUAAAUAGC